AUGCAACAAGAUAAAAUCAAAUUUCAUUAUAAAGUAUUGAAAGACAUUUUUCAUAUACGUGCAGAACGCAUUGGUCCAAAGGGAAACAGUUGUUUGGAUGGCGCCAAAGCUUGCAAUCUGAAUGAUAACUGCAAAAAAUUCCGAUCGAUGUACAUCUCGCCCUGCACAGCCCGUGUUUCUGCAUCGGAGAUCUGCAACCGAAGAAAGUGCCACAGAGCCCUGCGACAAUUCUUUGACCGUGUUCCUGCGAAAUACACCUAUGGAAUGCUGUUCUGUUCCUGUAGGGACAUGGCUUGCAUAGAACGGCGACGACAGAUGAUUGUGCCUAUUUGCUCAUACCAGGAUGAUGAAAAGCCAAAUUGCUUGUCUUUGGCUGAAACGUGCAAGACAAAUUACAUCUGCAGGUCACGGCUUGCAGAUUUCAUCACAAACUGUCAGCCAGAACCUCGUUCCAUAAGUGGCUGCUUAAGGCAAAACUAUGCAGCCUGUUUACUUGCCUACUCUGGACUCAUAGGGACUGUCAUCACCCCAAACUAUAUUGAUUCCACUGGCAUCAGUGUGGCACCAUGGUGUACUUGUAAUGGAAGCGGGAACCAGAAGGAAGAGUGCGAUGAAUUCCACAAUUUUUUUAAGGACAACAGAUGCUUCAAAAAUGCUAUACAAGCAUUUGGUAAUGGCACUGAUGUGAAUGUUUGGUUCACUGGUGCCGCAGAGGAACACAACAAUGAAAAAAAGCAUAAACAAAUACAGGAUGAGCUGGCUAUUCAGGUUCUCAAAGGAAGAUCAGAGCCUUUGGAGCGUCCUUUGAGUUGUGGCAGCAUGCUAUGA